AUGGAAGCAAAGAAGAUUUAGUUAUACGCUCAUCCAAGAAGUGAUCCUUGCAGAUUCAUAUAAAAUCUCUGCAAACAUCUAUAAAUUGAUGUAGAUUACCAUCACAUUGAUCUUCCAACUGAUGAAUAAAAGGGAGAUGCUUAUUUGAAAGUAAAUCCAAAUGGUAAAGUACCACUUAUAAUUGAUGGUGAUUUCACGCUUACUGAGACUUUUGCUAUUGCCAAGUACCUGAUUGAUAAAUAUGCCCCUGCUGAUAAUAACAUAUACCCAAAAGAUUUGAAGACUAGAGCGGUGAUAGAUUAAUAUGCAAAUUUGAUGAAUGAUUUGAGAUUCAAUUAGCUUAGAUUGGUCUACGCUAAAAUAUUUUUACCUCAGAAAGGGCAAUUAAUGCCAGAUAUGGUCGUAAAAGAUGCUGAAAAAGUUUAGCAUGAGACCUAUAAGUACUUCGAGAAAAUUCUUUAAAAAUAAAGCUUUAUUCAUGGAUCUAAUGCCACAGUAAUUGAUUGGAUGCUUGCUGAGCUGGUCAUUGCAGGAGCGAUUUUAAGAGUAAACUACUCAGCCAAAUAUCCUAACAUUCUUAAGUUCUUUGAGAAUAUGAAGAGUCUUUACCCCCUCUUUGCAGAUGACGAGAGGGAUUUUAAUGAAAUGAUUUAGCCUAUAGAUAUCGAAUACCAAAAUAUUGAUUUAGACAAGGGUGAGUAGAGAUCUGAAGCCUAUUUAAAACUGAGUCCAUCAGGAAAAGUCCCCUUGCUUUAAGAUGGAGAAUUCAUUUUACCUGAAACUUUUGCUAUUGCUAGAUAUCUAAUUGACAAUCAUUCUAAAGGGUAAGACAAUUUCUUGUACCCAGCAGAUUUAAAACAGAGAGCUUUGGUUGAUAUGUUCGCUGGCACUAUUAAUGACUUAAGAGUGAAUAUGAUAAGAGCAGUUUAUGGGAAAAAAUACAUGCCAAGAUAGGGGAUAUAUUGGCCAGAAUCUGUCAUCUAAGAUGCUGAGGCAAAUUACUUAAAGAUUUUUGGAGAAUUUAAUGGUCUAUUGGUAUCAGAGAGAAGAAGUCUUUGUAAUUUAUCAGACUUUACUUUAGUUGAUCUUAUGCUUUGCUAAUUGAUUAUUGACUAUGACUCACUUGAAAUUAAUCACCCUGAAGUAUUUCCUAAUUUGUUUAAGUAUGCAAUUACAAUAACUGAAAAAUAUCCAAUGGUAUGUGAGGGAUAUGAAGUAUAUAAUAACUUAGUCAAAGAUUACUUGAAUACAUAAUAAUGA